AUGGCGAAGAAGAAGAAAACGACAGCAAAUAAAGCAGCAUCGACCGCUGCCAAGCAGUCCAAGGCUGCCAAAAAGAACGAACGCAAAGCCGAGAAAGUAUCAGGAAAGCGGAAGAAGGACGGUGAUGACGAUGAGGACCUGGAGGCUAUUCUUGAAAAACUUCGUGUUGAAUGGGAAGAAAAGCACAAGGUCAUCGAGGAAGUUGCCGAUGGCCCGCCCUCUCGCCGGGCGAAUUGCACCUUGACACCUUGCCCAACUGGCGCGCAACAUCUCUGGGCGAUUGGUGGUGAAUUUUUCAGCGAGGAUGGCAAGGCCUACUUCUACUCCGAUGUGUACAGAUACUCAGCGGAUAAGCCUUUCAGGAUGAAUGGCGCAAAUUCGUGUCUCCAACAUGUCCUGGGCCCCGUUCUGCGCAUGCGAUUGCCGCCUCACCCGCGGGGGGAGGCAAGCUUUUCAUCUUUGGCAUGCGGGGAAUUCUCGUCCGUGAACCAGAACAGCUUCCACCAUUAUCGUGACUUUUGGUGCUUCGAUAUUCAGACGCAUUCGUGGGAUCGCAUCGACACCAAAGUUCGGCCAAGUGCUCGCUCUGGCCAUCGUAUGGCAAUUUGGAAGCAUUUUAUUGUUCUCUUCGCUGGAUUUUACGACCCUGGGACUACAACCAAAUACCUCAACGACUUGUGGCUCUUUGACCUCCAGGACUACAAGUGGAGGCAGGCAGAAUUCAAGGAGACGGAACUGCGACCAUCUCCUCGAAGCGGGUUCUCAUUUAUAUCUACGCCAGAGGGUAUUCUCCUGCACGGCGGUUAUUGCAAAGAGUACGCCAAAGGCAAACGACCCGUUGGAGUAAUGCUGGAAGACACCUGGUUCCUCAAUAUGUCGAUGGCUCCGAGUGACAAGCCCUCAAAUAAUCCCGUUUUGCUCAAAUGGGAGCGAAGGAAACGUCCCUCAACAGCAUAUGCGCCUGCGCUCCGAUCUGGAUGCACCAUGACACUGUGGCAGGCCAAACAGAUGGCGGUCAUGUUUGGAGGGGUAACGGAUGAAGACACCAGCGAAGAAACACUCGAGAGCGUCUUUUGGAAUGACCUUAACGGCUAUCAAAUGACAGGAAAAGGAAAAUUCGUGUCGUUGACGUUAAAGCGACCAAAGGGCAAGAGCAAGAAACCCAAGAAAGUCGCGAACAAGGGAGACGAUGAUGAUAGUGAACCAGAAACUGAGGAAAUCGACUUGGAUGACCCAAUCCUGACGACACCACUUCCCCGAUACAACGCGAUGCUCGCAGUGUUGCGCAAUACCCUGUACAUCUAUGGCGGCAUUUAUGAACGCGGAAAACGCGAGUUUACGAUGGAUGACUUUUAUUCGGUGCAACUCGACAAAUUGGACAAAUAUGUGUGUUUGAAGAAGAGCGAAAUCAUCAUACCAGAAGAAGACGAGGAAAGCAGCAGCAGUGACGACACUGGCAGCAGCGACAGCACUGGCAGCAGCGACGACGAUUCGGAAGGUGAUGAAGAAACAGACAAGGAAGAAGCGGCGCCAGAAGAAGAGGUCAUAGUAGAGCCUGAACAGCCGCCUGAGAGCGAUAUCAGGGCCAAGGCUACAGCAUUCAUGGGAGUCGCCAAGGAGAGAUCAGCAGAAGACUCGUUGAGCACUCCUUUACCCGGGGAGACUCUUGCAGCUUUCUAUGCCCGUACUCGCGCUUACUGGGUUCAAAAAGCGCAUGCCACGACCGAGCAUCAAGGAAAACAACUACGUCGAGAUGGGUUUAGUCUUGCGCAAGAGACGUACCAAUCGUACAAGCCUAUACUCAAAGAGGUCGAGAAGAUCUUGGCCGAAGCUGGACUUGAUAAACAAGAGAUGAAGGACCUCGCAUCUCAACCACAACGGGGCGAAACAAACAGGAACAGGCGGUAG